AUGGCUGACGAUCACCCCGACCUCUCGGCGCUUCAGUCGCCAGUCGCUUCGCCCACCAUUAAGCGCAAGCGAAGCAUUUCUGAGCAGGAAAGCCCCGGCCGUGCCAAGAAAACCGCCACCACCAAUGCCCCUUCAGCCAUCAUGUCGGCUGCCGAUGCCGACACGGCUGCCUUCAUCGAGCACGCCGUCGAGGCCGCGGCCGCGGCCGCUGCUAAUGGCGUCAACGUGGCCGACCUGAAUGCUCUUCAACAGGCUACCGCCGCUGAGCAUUCUGAAGCCGCCGACCCUGCCAACGCCUCGAGCACUGCCGCCGCCGCUCUCGGAUCCAUGUAUCCCAGCAUUCACGUACCUCAGACCACCGAGGCCCAAUUCGCCUCGCAAGGAGUCAAUGACGGCAAUCAUGUCUCUGACUCGGCCUUCGACCCCAACAUGACCCAGCAUGAUACCAUCAUCGACAGUGCUCUGGCCGGCCUGCCCUCGUCUGGGAGUCCUCAUGAUCUGACGCCUCCGAACGAUCAGCAGCAACAAUUGACUCACGAUCAGCAUCAGCAGAUGCCCCAGCAUGAUCAACACCAACACGAUCCUCAUCAGCACGAUCAGCACCAGCAGCACCAUCUCGACCAACACCCGCACAUGGACCCGCAGCAUCAACAGCACCAGCACCUCGAGCAACACCAGCAACAACAGCAGCAGCAUGAGCAACCACCACCUCAACCGCAGCCCGCCCAGCACAGGUACUCGACCGGCUCUGCAGGUGCCCCUCCCAAGUCGAAGCCCGAUGUUGGGUCUGACGAGUGGCACAAGCAGCGCAAGGACAAUCACAAAGAGGUGGAACGUCGCCGUCGUGAGACGAUUAACGAAGGCAUCAACGAGCUGGCCAAGAUUGUGCCCAACUGUGAGAAGAACAAAGGAUCAAUCCUCCAACGCGCCGUCACAUUCAUCAAUCUCCUGAAGGAGAAUGAGUCUCAGAACCUGGAGAAGUGGACUCUGGAGAAGCUGCUUACCGAGCAAGCUAUCGCCGAGCUGAGCACAUCCAAUGACAAGCUCAAGCAAGAAUGUGAACGUCUCUACAAGGAGCUCGAGACAUGGAAACGCGUCGCCCAAAACGCCGGCCUCUCGCUGCCUCAGCAAAACAAGGACGAGGCGCCGGCAGCGAUCUAG